GUUGUAAAUUAGUUGUUGCUGGUUGCUGCUAAGCAAUCUUAAUCCUGAAAACUUCACAACUGUUAUAGUUGUUUUUUGAUAUUUUUUUACGCACUUUACUUGUUUCUCCCACUACCUGGACACUCAUGGAUUUUGUUAAUUAUUUUUUUAGUGAGCAUCUAACUUCAAACUGGACUAUGUUAUUUUUUUAUUAACUUCAUUUUUUAUUUAUUGUUGAUGUAACCUCACUAGAAUAUGACAGCAUCAACAAAUGAUGGCGCUGUAUUAAAAUUCUGUUCUCCAAUAUCAAGACACUAUUGCAAGUAGCAAGUAAACAGUUACUUGUCGCAAUUCUCAGUCUCUAGUCCAAUCUGUCAAAAAUAUUUACUUGCUCCAAAAACUAAGUGUCAAAAAUGGGUUCGCUGACAAGCAGACAAAACGCCGGAGUGGAAGAAGUUGACAUAGUAUCAAACCACGCGUAUAAAUAUCCCCCGAGAUCAGGCAACUACUUCGGAAGUCACUUCAUCAUGGGAGGAGAGAGGUUUGACACGCCGCAGCCGGAGGCUUAUUUGUUUGGAGAAAAUGCGGACUUGAACUUCCUGGGAAGUAGGCCGACACCUUUUCCGUACCCUCCUCCGCAGGCAAAUGACCCAACCAAGACACUAAAGAGUCUGGCUAACAUCAGAAAGGAAUCUCUGAGGCUGACCAAGAGCAUUGAUCCCGUGCCGACGUCCUCAGAGUCUAAUGACACCAUCAAUGCGAUUAAACACUUUGGAGAAGGGGAUGUUGAUAAAAAGACCACUAGGUUUAAUAUUGAGUUUACUUUUGAUUGCGAUGUCAGAUGUGCAAUUACUAUUUAUUACUUUUGUACUGAGGAAGUCACUGCCAAAGGAGUCUCAUAUGUACCGAGAGAUCCAUCAAUGAACUCCGAGACAUAUCACUACAAAAAAGGAGCAAACCAACAGUUCAUCCAAACGUCCCACGUCUUCGACCCGAGUCUUUACAACGAAGAAGACUUGCUCUACAACACAGACCGCGAGAUAGUCCCAAUAGCUAUCCACUGCGUAGCUGAGGAAGGCUCAGAAGAACCCAAGCAGUCACACACGACGAUAGCGGUCGUGGAGAAGCAGUCUGACGGGUCUUACAUCUUAAAAGCUCUCAAGCAGAAGCUCUACGUCGACGGUUUGUGUUAUUUACUCCAGGAAAUUUACGGAAUAGAAAACAAAAAUACUGAAAACACAAAGCAGCAAGGGAGCGACGAAGAUGCUGAAGAUAAUGGCUCAGAGUGUGUUAUUUGCAUGUGUGAUGUUCGGGAUACUUUGAUCCUGCCUUGUAGACAUCUGUGUCUUUGUUACGGAUGCGCUGACUCUCUGAGGUACCAAGCUAACAAUUGUCCGAUCUGCAGAGCUCCUUUCCGUGCUCUUCUUCAAAUCAAGGCGCUUCAAAAGGCCACUGGUGCUAUUAUUUCUAAUCCUCCGAUGCCUGAAGGAAGCUGUGAGAAUAUUCCCUCGGGGUACGAAGCUGUUUCUUUGAUAGAAGCCUUGAAUGGCCCGUAUACGCCGAGAGUCGUUGUUCCAGCUCCAGAAUCUCCUGAUACUCCUGAUACUGAUACUGCUAGCGCUAUCCAGGCAGCUGAAAUUUUAAAUAGAUCUGCAGAACGAACACCAGUGUCGAAACACACGGGUCUAAAAGACGGCGAAACGGGAGCUGCGAUAGCGAGGUCCAACAAUGCGACACCCUGCCCUACUCCGGAGUUCCGCAUGUCUGUCCUGUUGGCCAGAGACGAGACUGUCGUCAACCAGAAGGAGUUGCAUGGACGCUCCCCGGGUAUGCGGGCCAAAACCAGUCAUCCGCGUGAGAAAAAUUCCAUCAGAACUCGGGAUACUUUGAGACUUGUCAAUGAGAAGCAGCCUCACUACGACGUACAGGGCCAAGACGAGGACAGUGAAGCAGAAAAAUUAUCACCUCUUCUAGAUUCAGCAGCUAGCACCGACCCCAGAGAAUCUCACCACCGCAUCUGCGACCUGGACAUUGACGAUGAAAUGACCAGCAAUGUCAAUGAGAACGGCAGCGAAAUAAAUUGUAGUUCCCAUUGACAAAGAAUUAAUGUUUAUACAAAUUUAAUGUCCGAGUCUCCGGUCAUUCGUAAGGUCUACAAACAAUAUUGAAUCUCCUGCAUAGUAUUGCGAGUCGCGACUAACAAAUGUGAUUUAUUGAUUAAUUAUUUGUAUGUAUCAUUGUCAGGUAUAAGUUUAUAUGUAUCAUUAUCAGGCUUUGUAUAUUUAAUACUUUUGAAUCUAAUACCCACUAAUUAUUAUUAUUA